ACACGCUGCGGUCAAGAUGGCGGCCGCCAUGGAGGUCCCACGUGGGGUCGGUGCCGCCGCCGACUCGGCAGAGGAGAGCGGUUCUGAGUGGAGUUCAGAGCUCCCAGAAGACAGUUUCUCUUCAGCGGGUGAAGUGAUAGACGGUGACGAUGAGGAUGAGGUGGUGGCCCGCGGCAACAUGGAUGAAAAUGAAGCAGAAUCCCAGGCUGGUCCAAGUGCGGGUUGGGCGGAGGCCAUGGCCAAAGUGCUUAACAAAAAGAUUCCCAAAAGUAAAUCCACCAUAUUGGUUAAAAGUAAAGAGCUGGAGAAGGAAAGAGAGAAAGAAAAACAAGAGAAGCUAGAGAAAAAGAGGCAGCUUGAUAAAAAGCGGGAGUGGGAAAUGAUGUGCAGAGUGAAGCCAGAUGUUGCCAAAGACAGAGAAACGGAAAGAAAUUUUCAGAGAAUUGCCACGAGGGGUGUUGUGCAAUUAUUUAACGCUGUCCGGAAACACCAAAAGAACAUCGAUGAGAAAGUGAAAGAAGCAGGGAAUUCCAAUAGGAAGCGUGCUAAACUGAUGUCAUCUGUUACGAAGAAAGACUUCAUCAAUAUGCUCAGAGAGAGUGAAGGAGCUAAAAGAGAACAAAGUACUUCUGGGAAGACCCUGAAAAGCAAACAGGGUGAAGUGAAACCUGAUGAAGAGCCAGCAUGGAACAUACUCCGUGACGAUUUCAUGAUGGGAGCAUCUAUGAAAGACUGGGAUAAAGAGAGUGACAGGGAAAGCUUCACUGGACAAGAUGGACUAAGGCAGGAUAGUGACAGUGACUGAUGGAGGAAAUAAAAGAACAUUCAAGAUAAAAUGUUAGUUUACUUGAAUAAAAAGCUCUACAUUCUGUGAAUGCACAGCUUUUGGGGACUGUAGUGAUGCCUAUUUUAAGGAAAACAAAGACAUCCUUAGGUUUGGGUGUGGCUUCUUUCCUCAUUCACUUCGAACUUUUAUUUACCAAAACUUCACUCUCUAUACUGAAAUCCUGAAAUAUUUUCCAAAACAUGUAUAAUUUUCAACAUAUUUCCAAAACAUUUUGUACAGUCAAAAUAGUGGCACCUGCCCAAUGAAAGAUAUGUUUUGCCAAGGUCAUUAAAAGUGAAUACAUUGGUCAUGGCUAUUGACGUAUUAUUGUGCCUGAAUUUCCAAAGCUAGGUUGCACCUUGAAAAGGUGUCAGCAAUUUGUAAAAGAAAUGACUUACAAUAAACAUAAAAAUUCCA